GAAAGAACAGAAUUAAGCACCCUCUUGAGAAUCCUAAGAAGCCAGGGUCAUUGAGUAGGGCAGGAGUAGAAAUGACUUGUAGCAUAUGCAAGAAGAAGGGUCAUAACAAGAGAGGCUGCAAAGACAAGGAUUCUGUUGUCCCUGAUGAACCAGCACCCAAAAGACCCAAGGGAAGACCAAGAAAGACUGCCCCAUCUACUGAUGUAACCUCACAUGCCCCAUCUACACAAGCAACCCCAACACCCACCCUGACACAGACUGCAUCAUCUUCAACUCCUGCAACACAAUUUGCCCACCAUACUGCUACUGCACAGCCAACUCAACUAGGCAGGGGUGGAAGAAUGAUACUUGGAGGUCAAGGUGCUAGAAGUGUCAGUCAAAGCAGCACCAGAGGAAGAAGCUCGGCUGGUAGAGGGUCUACAACUACAAGUAGGGGAAGAGGAAGGGGAAGGGGAAGAGCACAACCAUCAGGAAUUGGGAUAAUGUUUGCUGAUGAUGGAAGCCCAAUUGUUACAGCACCAAGUACCAGACCAAACACAAGAUCUAUCUCCCAGAUGCAGCAGUGAUCAAG